CCAAGGUACAGGAGUGUGUCCUCCUCCUAUAUACAAGCAGCAUGCAGCCACAACCGGCUCUCUAGUAUUGGGGGACAUAUAGGCUGCAUGUUCAAAUAGCGGACUUAAGAACCAAAGAGUUUCUGAAGGAACGUUUGACCUGACGGCUGUUCUGGGGACCCAUGAUAAGUUCUCAAAAGGACCAGAAACGUUUGCUUGUAAAAGGACACAUUGUGAUGAGCCAACAUGCCAUCCGGAUCAGUGAAAUUGCAAAGUAUUAAAAAGCUUGGACAGGAGAAUCGCAGCUAUGAGAUUACGGACGAAGAACCGACUGGCUCUUACAUGACCAUGUCAACUUCCAAGCAGAGGGAGAAAGAACAGGAGACCACGGAGCAACCUGCCAUUAGAGUUGGCUUCUUUCAGCUGUUCCGCUUUGCCACGUGCAACGAAGUGCUGAUGAUGGUGGUGGGGAGCAUAUGCGCCGUGCUGCACGGCUCCGCCCAGCCCCUUAUGCUGCUGGUGUUCGGCCUGCUUACCGACACGUUCAUCGAGUACGACAUUGAGCUGAAUGAGCUGAGUGACGAGCGGAAGGAGUGCGUGAACAACACCAUCCAGUGGACGAAGAACUACACUAACACAUUCGCAGGCUUGAACCAGUCACACUGGAGCUCCAUCAACUAUUCAGAGUGGGAAACCUUCGCGCCGUUGAGGAGCAGGCCGUGCGGGAUACUUGACAUUGAAUAUGAAAUGACCAAAUUUGCCUUCUAUUAUGUCGGGAUUGGAGCAGCCGUCUUCAUUUUGGGAUACUUUCAGAUCUCGCUGUGGGUCAAUGCCGCCGCCAAGCAGAUCCAGCUCAUCAGGAAAGUCUAUUUCAGCAAAGUGAUGAGAAUGGAGAUCGGCUGGUUUGACUGCACCUCGGUGGGAGAGCUCAAUACGCGCAUGUCUGAUGACAUCAACAAGAUCAAUGACGCCAUUGCGGACCAAGUCGCCAUUUUUAUGCAGCGUUUCACCACCUUUGUGUGCGGCUUCUGCAUCGGCUUCGUCAAAGGAUGGAAGUUAACGCUUGUGAUUGUCGCAGCAAGUCCACUAAUUGGCAUUGGAGCUGGCCUCAUGGCUCUGUUUGUGGCUAAGCUGACAGGCAUGGAGCUUCAGGCCUAUGCUAAAGCUGGAGCCAUUGCAGACGAAGUCCUCUCCUCGAUUAGGACGGUGGCUGCUUUUGGCGGAGAGAAAAAAGAAGUGCAACGGUAUGACAAGAACCUAGUGUCAGCUCAGCGCUGGGGCAUCAGAAAGGGUUUGAUCAUGGGAUUUUUCACUGGAUACAUGUGGCUGAUCAUCUUCCUGUGCUACGGCCUGGCUUUCUGGUAUGGCUCCAGUCUUGUGGUGGACACGGCGGAAUACUCACCGGGGACACUUCUGCAGGUUUUCUUUGGUGUUCUGAUAGCAGCCAUGAAUUUGGGCCAAGCAUCACCAUGUCUGGAAGCAUUCGCCGCAGGCCGCGGAGCUGCCACUAUCAUCUUUGAAACCAUUGAACGAGAGCCUGAGAUAGACUGUUUAUCUGAGGCAGGAUAUAAACUCGAUAAAGUCAAAGGUGACAUUGAAUUUCACAACGUGACAUUCCAUUACCCUUCCCGGCCGGAAGUUAAGAUCUUGGACCGGCUCAGUGUGAUAGUGAAGUCAGGCGAGACCACAGCCUUUGUUGGGGCGAGCGGCGCCGGGAAAAGCACAGCUGUCCAACUCAUUCAGCGCUUCUAUGACCCCAAAGAGGGCAUGGUGACCCUGGACGGUCAUGACAUCCGCGGGCUGAACAUCCAAUGGCUGCGCUCGCUCAUGGGCAUCGUGGAGCAGGAGCCUGUGCUAUUCGCCACCACCAUUGCUGAGAAUAUACGCUAUGGUCGACCUGGCGUAUCAAUGGAUGACAUCAUCACUGCCACCAAAGAGGCCAACGCAUACAACUUCAUAAUGGACCUGCCACAGAAAUUUGACACCUUAGUGGGGGAAGGUGGUGGACAAAUGAGUGGCGGUCAAAAGCAGCGUAUUGCAAUUGCCCGGGCACUUGUCAGGAACCCUCGCAUCCUGCUGCUUGACAUGGCCACCUCGGCAUUGGACAACGAAAGUGAGGCUGUGGUACAAGAGGCCUUAGAUAAAGUACGCAUGGGACGGACCACCAUCUCCAUCGCCCACCGGCUGUCCACUAUAAAGAACGCUGACGUGAUUGUGGGCUUUGAGCAUGGACAGGCAGUUGAGAGGGGCAAGCACAGCGAGCUACUGGACAGGAAAGGCGUCUACUUCACUCUUGUCACCUUACAGAGCCAAGGGGACAAGGCCCUUAAUGAGAAGGCUCGGCAAAUGGCUGAAAAUGAAGACACACCAAAGAAGCUCAGCCUGUCCAGAGCUGGCAGUUACCGGGCCAGCAUGAGAGCCUCCAUCCGCCAGAGAUCUCGAUCCCAGCUAUCCAACCUGUUUCCACAAUCAUCUGUUUCCAUUGCCGGAGAGGUAGGCCCUAGAGCAUACUCUGUGUCUCAAGUAGCCAAAUCCAAGAAUGCCAUUCAAGAGGAGGAGGAGGAGGACCUAGUGGAGCCAGCACCGGUUACCAGGAUCUUGAAGUACAAUGUGCCAGAGUGGCCUUACAUGCUUUUUGGAUCUUUGGGGGCAGCUGUGAAUGGAGGAGUCAACCCUGUCUACUCACUUUUAUUCAGUCAAAUAUUAGCGACUUUCUCAGUUACAGAUGCCACAGUGCAAAGAAAGGAGAUUGAUAGCAUCUGCCUGUUCUUCGUCAUGGUCGGCGUUGUCUCUUUCUUCACCCAAAUGCUGCAGGGCUAUGCAUUUUCCAAGUCUGGAGAGCUGCUGACCCGCAGGUUACGUCGCCUGGGCUUUCAUGCCAUGCUUGGCCAGGAGAUUGGCUGGUUUGAUGAUCACAAAAACAGCCCCGGAGCUCUGACCACACGACUGGCAACCGACGCCUCGCAAGUUCAAGGGGCCACCGGCUCCCAGAUCGGCAUGAUAGUCAACUCUUUGACCAACAUCGGGGUGGCCAUCCUCAUGUCCUUCUACUUCAGCUGGAAGCUCACACUGCUCAUCCUGUGUUUCCUGCCCUUCAUCGCGCUGUCGGGUGGCUUCCAGGCGAAGAUGCUCACUGGAUUUGCCAAGCAAGACAAACAAGCAAUGGAGGCUGCAGGACAGAUUUCAGGUGAAGCGCUCAAUAACAUUCGCACCAUCGCUGGUCUUGGCAAGGAGAGGAAUUUUGUGGACAGAUAUAUUGCGCAGCUGGAAGCUCCAUACCAGGCAGCCCUGAAGAAGGCUAACGUCUACGGGGCUUGUUACGGUUUCGCCCAGUGUGUUGUCUUCCUGACCAAUUCUGCAUCCUAUCGGUUCGGGGGCUACCUGGUACGCCAAGAGGGACUCCAUUUCAGCUUGGUGUUCAGGGUCAUUUCUGCCAUCGUCACAAGCGGCACAGCCCUGGGCAGAGCCUCCUCCUACACCCCCGACUAUGCCAAAGCCAAGAUUUCAGCUGCACGCUUCUUCCAGCUGCUGGACCGAGUGCCCAAGAUUAACGUCUACAGUGACAAAGGACAUAAAUGGGAUAACUUCCAAGGGAACAUUGAGUUCAUUGACUGCAAGUUCACUUACCCGACCCGACCAGACAUCCAGGUUCUCAAUGGCUUGAACGUGGCAGUGAAGCCCGGCCAGACGUUGGCCUUUGUGGGGAGCAGCGGCUGUGGAAAGAGCACCAGCGUGCAGCUGCUGGAAAGGUUUUAUGACCCCGACAAGGGCAGAGUGCUGAUUGACGGUCGUGAGUCGACUCUCAUCAACGUGCCUUUCCUGAGAUCCAAAAUUGGCAUCGUGUCGCAGGAGCCAAUCUUGUUUGACUGCAGCAUCUUGGAAAACAUCAAGUAUGGUGACAACUCACGGAACAUCAGCAUGGACGAGGUCAUAUCAGCUGCCAAAAAAUCGCAGCUCCAUGACUUUGUCAUGUCUCUACCUGAGAAAUAUGACACAAACGUGGGUGCCCAGGGUUCUCAAUUAUCUCGUGGUCAGAAGCAGCGCAUUGCCAUUGCCAGGGCAAUCAUACGCGAUCCCAAGAUCCUACUCCUGGAUGAAGCCACCUCAGCUCUGGACACAGAGAGUGAGAAGACGGUGCAAGAGGCUCUGGACAAAGCUCGAGAGGGCAGGACCUGCAUCGUAAUCGCCCACCGCCUGUCCACCAUUCAGAACUCCGACAUCAUCGCUGUCAUGUCCCGAGGCUACGUGAUUGAGAAGGGAACACAUGACCAUCUCAUGUCUCUGAAGGGCGCUUAUUACAAGCUGGUCACCACUGGAGCACCAAUCAGCUAAUGGCUGCAAGAGGGUAAACAACUAGAAACAUGUGAGAGGAGCAGAGUUAUUGUCUGAGGUGAUGAGCCCAAGUCUGACUAAACAACAAAAUGUAACUUGAAUCUUUUCACUUUUACCAUAUUUAUUUGUGUGGAAAUACCCUGUUACGCUGAGAGGGUUUGAUGAGCUCUUUUGACACUACUGCCAGCUUAAGUUUGUUUUUGUUUUGUGUUCCCACAAUGUAACAAGGAGGUCAAACACAAGGGAAACAUCCAAGCACACAACACUACAAAGGUGGAUAGUAGAAGGACUUAAUGCCAAUGAAAGACAACAUGAAACAUCUGGGUUUUUAUUUUUUUAAGC